CACUGGGAAGCCAAAGCGGGGAGAAGGAGUGAGGAAAAGGCAGCCGCGGGAGAAGGAGGAAGGUGAAGAGGGAAGGACACGCGCAGAGGAGGCAGCCCAGAAGAGGCGGCGAGGGGUGGGGGAGAAAAAGUUUACACCCUCCGAAGCGGCGCUCUCGCUCGCUCUCCCACCCGCCUCUUCUCGCGUCGGCGCGGCUGGCGCAGAUGGGAGUUUUUACCUGGAAUGACACAAGUUUUUCCCCCCUUUUAAAAAAGAUUGGGGAGGGUGUCUCCCUUUUUUGAAAAUAUAGCACAGCCCGUUGCAGCUCGCCCUCCCGCUCCCCUCCUCCAGCAACGGCCGGCAAUGUGACAGAACGGGGCGCGAACCCUUCCGAGAGGGCGAGAGCUGUCAGCGAGGGAGGCGAGCCGGCAGGACUUGACCCCUUCCAGCGGCGCGGCCCCGAGAGAGACACUGGGACUCACCGCUUGCUGUGGCGGCGGCGGCUGCCUGCCUUUGCGUGUGAGCUUGUGGCAGCCCCCCGCGCUCCGCUGCCAGGAUUUAACCUCAGAUCGCCUCCGGAGAUUGGACCCCCCACCUUCGUGGCUGGUCAGCCGUGGACUGAUCAUACGCUUUGGGGGAGGGGGGGUCGUUUAGACCUGGAGGGUCUUGCCUCCUCUGGCCAUUUGCAUGUCGUGGAGAGGGAAAAUGAAGGAGGAAGUUGAAUGAAGUGGUGCAAAAUUGAUAAAUAUAUGCCAUGAUUUGCCACAAGUGGCUUCAUUUAUGGAGACCAAAGGCUAUCACAGUUACCCAGAAAGCCUAGAUAUGGAGAGACGCUGGAGUCAAGGUUCCCAAUCUAUGGAGUAUACGUCUGCAGGAGAACGGGCUGAAGAAAGUAAUAACUAUAUGGAGAUUGUAAAUGUGAGCUGCAUUUCUGGUGCUUUUCCAAAUAGCAGUGCUCAAGGAAGCAACAAAGAAAAACCUGAACUACUCUCUUGCCUUCAGCAAGACAAUAAUCAGCCUGGUAUUUCAACCUCUGACAUAAAAACUGAGUCGGACUCAAAGGAACUUUCUGCGACUGUAGCUGAAUCAAUGGGUUUGUACAUGGAUUCUGUAAGAGAUGCUGAUUUUACCUAUGAACAGGAAAGUCAACAAGGAAACAUAAAUCCUGGAAAAAUGUAUCAAAAUGUUGAGCAGCUGGUAAAGCUAUACAAGGAGAAUGGCCAUCGUACCUCUCCUUUAAACACCUCAAGCAGGCCACUGAGACCUCUGAUAUCAGAUUCUGCAAGCUCUAUGAAUGGUGGGAUCAUUCCAGUGAUCGUCAAGAGCCCUAGAGUAUGUCAGGAGAAGAGUUCUUCAGACUGUAGUCCUCAAAGCAUGACUUCUCCAGUGUGCAGCCCUCCUGGAAUUAAUUCUGUAUCUUCAACUACUCCUACUAACUUUGGAAACUUCACAGUGAAUAGCCCAGUAAACCAGGGAACACCUUUGUCGUGCUCACCCAACAUUGAGAGCAGAAGCUCAAUGUUGCAUAGUCCUGCACAUGCUAGUAAUGUGGGUUCUCCUCUUUCUAGUCCUAUUAGUAGUAUGAAAUCUCCAAUUUCAAGUCCUCCUAGUCACUGUAGUGUGAAAUCGCCAGUUUCCAGUCCUAAUAAUGUAACUAUGAAAUCUUCAGUGUCCAGUCCUGCAAAUAUGAACUCCAGGUGCUCUAUUGCCAGCCCUUCUAAUGCCAAUAAUAGGUCCUCUCUUUCUAGUCCAGCUGUUAGUACUGUAGGGUCCUCUAUGUGUAGUCCAGUAAAUGGUGCACUAGCCUUUCCUGCAUCUAGUACACCUGUUGGACCUGGCACAGGCCAAGAUAUUGUUCCUAGUCCAGAUACAAAAGAUAAAGGUGCUUCAGAAAUCAUAUUUCCUAAAAUAGAGGAAAUGGAAAAUGCCAUCUCUAACAAUGAAAUAACUAAUCAAAUGAAUCGCAUUCAGUUUAUUAAACCCGAACCAGAUGGGGCAUUCAGUAGCUCAUGUCUUGGAGACAACAGCAAAAUCAGUUCUGAUCCCCCAUUUUCUGUAUCAAUAAAGCAAGAAACAGCUAAGCAUUCUUGUUCUGGUGCUUCUUUCAAAGGGAAUCAAACUGUAAAUCCAUUUCCAUUUAUGGAUGGAUCAUAUUUUACUUUUAUGGAUGAUAAAGACUACUACUCUCUGUCUGGGAUUUUAGGACCACCUAUUUCAUCAUUUGAUGGCUCAUGUGAAAGUAGUGGCUUUCCAAAUCCAGGCCUAUCUGUAGGAAUUAAACAGGAGCCUGAAGAGAGCAGCUAUUAUCAAGAGAAUACUCUGCCAUCUUCAGCUAUUGUUGGUGUGAAUUCAAGUGGACAGUCAUUUCACUAUAGGAUUGGAACUCAAGGCCGAAUCUCUUUAUCACGACCUGUUGGUAGAGAGCAAACUUUUCCUCAUAUAAGCUCAUUUGCUCCAGUAAGUACUCUAGUGGAAUCAUGGAAACAGCAUGCUGACAUGUCGUCCAGAAGAAAUGAUGGGUAUCCAGUUUUAGAAUACAUUCCAGAAAAUGUAUCAAGCUCCUCAUUAAGAAGUGUGUCAUCUGGAUCUUCGAGACCUUCCAAAGUGUGUUUGGUGUGUGGGGAUGAAGCAUCUGGAUGCCAUUAUGGAGUAGUUACUUGUGGCAGCUGUAAAGUAUUCUUCAAGAGAGCAGUGGAAGGUAAAUCUUCAUGGCAGCACAAUUAUUUAUGUGCAGGACGGAAUGACUGUAUAAUUGAUAAGAUUCGGAGGAAAAACUGCCCAGCUUGCCGAUUACAGAAAUGUCUUCAAGCUGGAAUGAAUUUAGGAGCUCGAAAGUCAAAGAAGCUGGGCAAGUUGAAAGGGAUGCAUGAAGACCCACAGCAGCAAGCACAGCAGCCUCCUCCUCAGAGUCCAGAAGAAGGGACGACAUACAUCGCCCCAGCGAAAGAGCCGUCUGUAAACACAGCACUUGUCCCUCACGUGUCGGCCGUUUCAUCCGCACUUACUCCCUCCCCUGCAAUGGUCCUAGAGAACAUUGAACCUGAAAUUGUAUAUGCAGGCUAUGAUAGCUCGAAGCCAGAUACUGCAGAGCACCUGCUCUCCACUUUAAACCGGCUUGCUGGCAAGCAGAUGAUUCAGGUGGUUAAAUGGGCAAAGAUACUUCCAGGCUUUAGAAACUUGCCACUUGAGGACCAAAUUACUCUAAUCCAGUAUUCGUGGAUGUGUCUAUCAUCAUUUGCCCUGAGCUGGAGAUCGUACAGGCACACAAACAGUCAGUUCCUGUAUUUUGCUCCCGACUUAGUCUUUAAUGAAGAGAGGAUGCGCCAGUCUGCAAUGUUUGAACUGUGCCAGGGGAUGCACCAGAUCAGCCUUCAGUUUGUUCGCUUGCAACUUAGCUUUGAAGAAUACACAAUUAUGAAAGUGUUGUUGCUGUUAAGCACAGUUCCCAAGGAUGGCCUCAAAAGCCAAGCUGCAUUUGAAGAAAUGAGGGCAAAUUAUAUUAAAGAACUGAGGAAGAUGGUAACUAAACAUCCCAACAGUUCUGGGCAAAGCUGGCAGCGCUUUUACCAACUGACAAAACUCCUCGACUCCAUUCAUGAUCUUGUUAGUGAUUUGUUGGAAUUCUGUUUCUACACCUUCCGAGAGUCCCAAGCUCUGAAAGUGGAGUUUCCUGCCAUGCUGGUAGAAAUCAUCAGUGACCAGUUGCCCAAGGUGGAAUCUGGAAAUGCCAAGCCCCUUUACUUCCACAGGAAGUGACAGAUGUCUUAAUGGAAAAAAAAACUUUGCCUUAAGUUUCCCUGUGCUAUUCUACACCCAUGAAGGACCCAAGAAACCACAUUUAAAAUAUGCUAUACAAAAAUUGUUCAAAAGUCUGACUAGUCUAAAAACCAUAGGAAGGGUUUGGAGGCUGGGAAGAAGUUUGUGAGAACUUAACAAAAACAAAGUCGAGAUGGUUAAAGAACCAUCACUGUACUCCCAAUACACCAACAUUUAGGAAAAAAAUAUGUUCCUGUUCCUCUGGAUGAAAAGCCAUAUCUAGUCAAAUAACUCUUUGAUUUUGAUAUUUUAAGAGAUGAACAUUUUAAAUAUGCCAUGUAGUUUCUGAUAUCGUUUGCUUGUUUCAAAAGGGUUCAAGGACUAAGACGAACUUUUAAAAGCUUACCAUUGGUUUGCACAUAAAACAGUCAAUAUGGGGCAUUAAUUAUUGUACUAUAUACACACACACAGACACACAAAAAACCCUGGAUGUGUAAAAUAAAUAAUGAAGCAUUUGGUGUGGAAUAAUCUUGGUAUCUCCAUCUGCGGCAUUUGUUAUCCCAUAUUAUCCAUCAUAAGAUGAUCUACACUGUGUUAAGUGUUCACUUAUUAUUUAACUUGAAAGGAUAAGAUGUUAAAACAAAUGCCUCUGUUUCAGUUUAUGGUAUCUAUUGUGCUGGCUUUACCAAUAAUUUUUCGCAGUCUUUUGCUGUACUGUACAUUGCUGUAUGUAUAAAUUGAAGGACCUGAAAAAAAUGGUAUAAGGAACUUUUGUAAAUGAGACCUAAAAAUCUUUAAUGGUUAAUAGGAUGAAUGGGAAAGUAUUUUUGGAAGAAUUCUAUUUUGCUGGAGACUAUUUAAUUACUCUUUUUGUCUAAACACAAGGUAAUUUUUUUUGUAAAGUGAAUUGUUCUGCAUGCAUAAUGAACCGUUUACAGUGUAUUUAAGAAAGGGAAAGCUGUGCCUUUUAGCAUCAUAUCUAAUUUACCAUCUGACAGUGUCUGUUGUAAAUAACCACCCAUAACCAUUUUCAGUUCUGUUUCGCAUUCUUUGCUAUAUGUUUUCACCCAUGUACCUCCCUUUUCCUCAGCAUUUGUCUGCCACUUUUCCACAGCUUGAGCACGCUAAGUUUUGCUUUGUGCCUCUAGCUAGCUUUGCAGAUAAAUGCACAUUUCAUCUACCAAGAUAAACUCCAAAGGGCACAAUACUUCAAGAAAAUGUCCUGCGCCAGGCCCGUUGAUUUGAACACGGCUGUAUAAGAGUGCAGCCCUUCAGUCAUUUUAAGGAGGCUUGUGCAAGACAGCUUCUUGAUGGGCUGCAUCCAGAGUCUCCUCAAAGACUUGUCAGUUCCAGAAUGAAGUGAGGUUAUGCCUGCUGCUCUGACACUGCACAGGCAAAUUUAGCCCAUUGAUUUCAGUGGGAAUUUUUUUGGCACCUAACACUAUGCUAGAUUGUGGCCAAAGAGAUAAAGGUAAAUAUAUAUUUAAAUGCCAUCCCUUGUUUUCUGUUUUCAAUCUGGAAUAUAUGUAAAUUACAAACAUUUAGCUGAUAAAUCCUAAUAUGAACAUUAUGCUCUUCUGGAAGAUAAUAUUUUAUCACAUGUUCUGGGUAGAUUUGGAUUUACAUGCUUGAUAGUACAAGAUUUGAACAGGGUUUAUACCUAGAUACAAAAUCAGUUUAUUUGCAUUUAUAUCCCACUGAUUUUAGUACCGUUUACUUGCAUAUAGUCAAGUAACAUUAAUUUUUUAAACACUUUUACAAGUUAGCCCUAAAAACAGAACUAACAAACAUUGACAUCCCCCCCCCCUUGCAAAUCCUACUGAUUUGGAUAUUUUUAUAAAAAAUUUUAUGGGCUGAGAUUAUAAAGAUUGGUCUUUUGAGACGGAAUUAUCAUUAUAUUUUAGGAAUGUUUUAUCCAUUGGAACAUAAACCACAAAUACUUUUCCAAUGAUUAUUGAUCAACUAAUACAAUUAUUAAAGGGAAAUAAUCAGUUAUAGUUCUAUGAACAUAUGUCAAGACAGAGGUUUAGGUUUGAGUCCUAACUAAAAUUGAGAUCUCAAGAACAUCCUUUGAUAUGCUCAAAGCCUAACUUGUUUUUUCCAUUGAAGAACAGAUCCUCAGCAUGUAUCACAACAAGCGGCUUUUAAAAUACCUGCCCUUUCCAAAGUGAUUUGCCAUACAGGAUGGGGAGCCACUUUUCAAAAUAUAGAAGCCCAAAGUCUCCUAGGCUCACAAAGUAGUAGUGUGAUUGACUGGAUUCCAUCUUCAGUUCCCCAGAAUCCGAUUCAGAAAAGUAAAAUGGUUUUGCAUCUAAGAAGGAAGAUGUAAACUUCACCAUUUUUUUCUUUUUUGAAUUGCAUGGCUUACUGAAUGGGAAAUCUGCGUAAGGCUAUAUUGGGAAAGGAUCAAUACAUCAAAUGAAACAUGCACAUGUUAUUUACAGUUUUAGAACGCUAAUUCACAAUCAGCUCCUUUGAUCUGCACAGCAAUAUGAAAGCCACACUUCUAAAGUGAUUAAAACACACAGCAUGCAAACUGGAUGUUUAUAAUUCUUGCAAAUCUCCCUUUCAUUUACAUUUUAAAAACCACACUGAAAUUGGAAUUUUGGAUUAUCCAGGUUUGUGAUGAAUGCAGUCUGUUGCUGCUUUUUUAUUAACAAAGUUACUGAAUAUUUUCUAUCUUUUAAGUAACUUUGCCUGAUUAAAAUACUAAAAGCCAUAUUCUUUUUUUAAAAAUCCACUAUUAGAUGUUUGUCCCAAUUCACAUUGUUGUCUGUUUGCUCUUAUUUUUGUACCUUUUGCAUUUAAUCUUGGUUUGGUACAAUUCAUAAUUCACAGAAAUGUCAUAUAAUUAAAACACUAAAUUAGUUUUAAAAACAAUUUAUAUCUUUAUGCAAAAAACAUGUCUGUCUUUGCAAACAAUUGUAAACAGAUUAUAAUAAAUCCUUUACUUUAAUCA